UUCCCUGGAUGCUUUCAAGAAGGAGCUAGAUAGGUAUCUUAUGGAUAGGGGAAUCAAGGGAUAUGAGGACAAGGCAGGAACCGGGUAUUGAUAGGAACUGAUCAGCCAUGAUCUCAAAAUGGCGGUGCAGGCUCGAAGGGCCGAAUGGUCUACUUCUGCACCUAUUGUCUAUUGUCUAUUAAAUGGGGAGAGAAUUCAAAGUUCUGAGAUGCAACGGGACUUGGGAGUCCUCAUGCAGGAUACUCUUAAGGUUAACCUCCAGGUUGAGUUGGUGGUGAAGAAGGCGAAUGCAAUGUUGGCAUUCAUUUCUAGAGGAAUAGAGUAUAGGAGCAGGGAUGUGAUGUUGAGGCUCUAUAAGGCACUGGUAAGACCUCACUUGGAAUACAGUGUGCAGUUUUGGGCUCCUUAUUUAAGAAAGGAUGUGCUGACAUUGGAGAGGGUUCAGAGAAGAUUCACUAGAAUGAUUCUGGGAAUGAGAGGGUUAACAUAUGAGGAACGUUUCACCACUCUUGGACUGUACUCCUUGGAGUUUAGAAGAAUGAGGGGGGACCUCAUAGAAACAUUUCGAAUGUUGAAAGGCAUGGACAGAGUGGAUGUGGCAAAGUUGUUUCCCAUGGUGGGGGAGUCUGGUACGAGAGGACUUGACUUGAGGAUUGCAGGGCGCCCAUUCAGAAAAGAGAUGCGAAAACUGUUUUUUAGCCAGAGGGUGGUGAAUCUGUGGAAUUUGUUGCCACGGGCAGCAGUGGAGGCCAAGUCAUUGGGUGUAUUUAAGGCAGAGAUUGAUAGGUAUCUGAGUAGUCAGGGCAUCAAAGGUUAUGGUGAGAAGGCGGAAGAAUGAGACUAAAGGGGAGAUUGGAUCAGCUCAUGAUGAAAUGGCGGAGCAGACUCAAUGGGCCGAAUGGCCGACUUCUGUUCCUUUGUCUUAUGGUCUGAUUGUUUAAUAUGAGGUGCUCUUCCUCCAACUUGAGUGUGGUCUCAUUGUAGCAGUUGAGGAGACCAUUUACUGACAUGUCAGAAUGGGAAUGGGAAGUCCCAUUGAAAUAUGAGGCCACCGGGAUAUUCUGGGGUUUUUAGCAACAGAUGGAAUGAAGUGCUUGACAAAGCAUUCUCCCAGUCUAUUAGAAGCCACACCAGGAGCACUCAAUACAGUCGAUGACCCCGAUAGACUAACGAGGUAAUGAUGUGCUGGAUAUAGAGGCACGUGGGGUAGUAGGUAGAGACAAGGCGAACAGAGAACAGUGAACCAUAUUCCCUCGUGUGUUUCUCCAGCUUCCCCAUUUGGUCUCUGCUGCCAGUUUCAAUCACACCUGUGGCAGCGAGUUUUGCAUUCUCUUUCCUGAACUUACUGCAUGAUCUAUUGAAGCCUGCCUUACAUUUUAUCUUUGGCUGAAGGCAUCCACAUACAUUCUUUAUCUUCCCCCACCCUUUAAUCCAUACGUAAUGUUAAAUAUCCGUCUGAUCACCUCAAUCUCUUACUCGGGUGAGAAAGUAUCAUCCCCGAUAUUAUAAAUUUCUCAAGCUUUCUUUGUACUGUGUCUGGUGGCCCUACGUCAUUUCCACAAUGCCCUUUUUAAAAUCUGUGUGCCAGCAGGAGUGAGUUCGGAAAAGGGAAUAUUCAAUGCCAUGCAAUAAUUGGCACAAAAUUCCUGUUAUAGGACGUCCAGUCUCAGUUAAUUCAAAUCUGUGUUUCAUUUAUUUUAGGAAGAAGAUCAUCAGAAGAGCAGUGUUGGCGAUAAAGCUCCAGUGUUGUCAGUGACAGAUGGUACCCUGACAACGGAGAAAUUCGAUCAUCUCUUCUCACUAAAAACAUUGUUGAAAGAAACUUAUGUUGCCAUUAAGCAAGUUACUAAACUCUCCGGUCCUUUUCACCCUGUACACAUCAGACUUCCAAUAUAACUCGGAGUCCUGCCAUGUGCCCAAGUUCGCUGAUGACACGCCCAUAGUGGGGUGUGUCAGGAAUGGUCAGGAGGAAGAGUAUAGGAAACUGAUACAGGACUUUGAGAUAUGGUGCGACUCAAACUACCUGCGUCUCAAUAUCACCAAGACCAAGGAGAUGGCGGUGGACUUUAGGAGACCUCGGCCUCAUAUGGAGCCAGUGAUCAUUAAUGGAGAAUGUGUGGAGCAGGUUAAGACCUACAAGUAUCUGGGAGUGCAGUUAGAUGAGAAGCUAGACUGGACUGCCAACACAGAUGCCCUGUGCAGGAAAGCACAGAGUCGACUGUACUUCCUCAGAAGGCUGGCGUCAUUCAAUGUUAGUAGUGAGAUGCUGAAGAUGUUCUAUCAGUCAGUUGUGGAGAGCGCCCUCUUCUUUGUGGUGGUGUGCUGGGGAGGCAGCAUUAAGAAGAGGGACGCCUCACGUCUUAAUAAGCUGGUAAGGAAGGCGGGUUUCUCGUGGGCACAGAACUGGAGAGUAUGGCAUUGGUGGCAGAGCAGAGGGCGCUGAGUAGGCUACGGUCAAUCAUGGAAAACCCUGAACAUCCUCUGCACAGCACCUCCAGAGACAGAGAAGCAGCUUCAGCGGCAGGUUGCUGUCAAUGCAAUGCUCCUCAGACAGGAUGAAGAGAUCAUUACUCCCCAACACCAUUCGGCUCUACAAUUCAACCACCAGGGGCAAGACAUGUUAAAGUGCCGGGGUUAGGACUGAGCUUAAGUUACCACUCAAUGCACUUUAGUAACUAUUUAAGAACUUUUUAAAAGCUAUUUAUUAAUGCUUUUUGGGAGGGUGAUUUUAGAUGCAUAUCAUAUUUAUAUUGAGUUAAAUACUGUAUGUAAUUAGUUUUGCUACAAUAAGUGUAUGGGACACUGGAAAAAUGUUGAAUUUCCCCUUGGGGAUGAAUAAAGUAUCUAUCUAUCUAUCUAUCUCGCUAUCUAUCUAUUUAUCUAUCUAUCUAUCUAUCUAUCUAAAUAAAACCCCGCGCAUAACAUGCCGUUGUAGCUUACCAUCUGUUUUUCCAAACUGGUGGCCCACGCCUGAGAGUGAGGUGUGACAGAUGGUAGCAGAGGUGUGAUGGAAAGCCAAAAAGGGGUGUGGGUGUCAAAAAGCUCGGAACAGCAAUCAUGGAAGGCCAGAGUUGAACCAGAUUCCCCCGGGUGGA